AUACCCUUUUGGUGCCCGAAAUGGAAGGCAGCGGGUUGGCAAGAUCACAGCUAUCACUGCAUAGAAGCAAGUUGAACCUACAAGCACACACCACGGAAGCAUGUCCGUUUCGGUAGGAAAUCGGUUUUGGACAGGGAGCCGGCUGCUCACCCCGCUCUGUCGAAGUCAUUACCGAGCGCUAAAGCAUUUAAGGAACGAAGAUAGCUUUUGCGUCAGAUACUGUAAUGGGCUUGAUACUGGCUUAUGAGAAUAACAUACUUCUCGAGCGGUGGUCCCGAUUGUUAUGCAAUGCACCGAUGGAUAUUGCUCGAACUAUUCUAGAAUUUGCUGCGCAUCUUGACAAAACUACUGCUCGUUCGAUUGCACUUGUAUCAAAGGAUGCCAAUGCCUGGGUCACACCCAUUUUGUAUCAAACUGUCGUACUCCUCACAGAUACUCACAUCAAGCUCGUUGAAUCAGGCCUGUCCUCCCAUCUUGCUUUCGUGCACGACAUCCCGCGCCAUUUUCCUGAGACCCCGGCCGAGGUUUUUCCUAACUUGACACAUUUUGCCUGUCCGUAUUUUGUGGUCAGUGGUCGGAGCUUGAUCCCAGUGCAUGAAACGUCUGCAAUGCUUGCAUCGGAGCUUGCGUACACCUUAGACAAGGUUCUUCGGAUUCCAUCUCUGCGUAUCGCCGUCGUACUGGUCAAAGAUUUUUCUCAGAAUGUCACUGAUUCGCUGGCAACGAUGUCGGACGAUGAGCGGGAAGCCCACAUGCAUGCUCUUUUAAGAGAUGUUCCUCAAAAGGAUGCACCCAAGGUUGUGCUUAUCGCUCGCAAAGGAAGUAUGCUCUAUGACGAUGGGCGAGAACCCGCAGAGGCAUGGGACACUACCAGUGGCAUAUCUUAUUGGGCAGAAGCGGAGGCUGCGCUUGGGUCGAAGAACAAGUAACAUAGGUAGUCCGACAUAUGAUGGUGGUCAAGUAUAG